GUUAAUGAAUGUGCAGCGAAGCGGAAUCCGUGUGAGGGUCAGACAGGCGCAUCACGAUGCGUGAACAUCGAUGGCGGUUACAUAUGCUGCGAGGAAGAGCUCAAUGAUGAACAGUGCAUACGAGAAAAAGGAGCAUUUUGUUCGGGUGGUUGCGGACUAAACGCUUUAUGCUACAACGAAACAUGCCAGUGCAUUGAAGGAUUUGACGGCGAUCCACGUGUUAAAUGCAGAGCAGCCACAUUUUUUCCAUGA